AUGGGGGAUCCGCAACCGGGUGCGAGCACGAGUCUUAGUGUGGCGGGGGAUGAGUUGAAAAACUUGAUGGAAAAAAUUAUGACGGAUUUGAGGGAUCUAAAAGAAGGCCAAACCACAAUGCAUGUCACUCAAGAUGCUAUGUUCGGGGAUUUGAAGGAACUCAAGGAGAACCAAGCAUCCAUCCAUGAAAACCAAACUUUUCUCCACGACGAGCUCAACGCUUUGAAGGCCUUGCGACUAUCAAGGUCAAAUACCCCUAGGAGCAAUCACACACAUCAUGAUGCCUCCGAGGGGAGUAAUGGAGAGGAAGAGCCAUAUGGUUGGUACGAUCAUGGGGGGCGUGGGGGACAAGGAGGAGGACGGAAUGGGAAUAGGAAUGGUAGGUUCGGGAACAUGAUGGGCGGAAGAGGGAAUGGAAACAUGGGGCACCAUGGGUGGAAUGGUAGGCAUAGAAGAUAUAGAAACUAUGAGGAGGAGGAGAUGGAGCCGCGGUAUGAUGAUCCCACCAAGUCUAUCAAGCACACAUUUCCCGAGUUCCACGGCAAGUUUGAUCCCGAGGCCUACUUGGAAUGGGAGUCACAAAUGAGCAAAAUUUUCUCACUCCAUAACUUUUCGGAAGGUGAUAAGGUGAAGGUGGCAAUAGCCGAGUUUCGUGGCAAUGCGGAUACAUGGUGGAAUGAUACGAUGAGGAGGAGAAGGAUGGUUAGGGGAGGAGAAGUGGGUUCGUGGGCGGAGUUGUGUGAGCUCAUGAGGACUACCUUUGUACCAAAGUCCUAUUUCCUCCGACUUCGAGGGGAGUUUCAAGAUUUGAAGCAAGGGACGAAGAGCGUAAUGGAGUACUACUACGAACUCCUAUCAUUGAUGAGCAAGGUAGGGGUGGAGGAGCGAGAAGAGGCGACUCAAGAUCGAUUUAUCCAUGGCCUUAACAUCAACUUGAAGCACAAGGUGCAAGUGGAGGCAUUGAGGGGAAUUUCCUUGGAUGAGGUGAUUGGGUUUGCCGACACUUUUGAGAGGCAAAGUAAGGAGUUGGUUUCUAGCCGGGCUAAAUGGGCGUCUAGCCAAACCGGAGGGACGGGGACUAGCAAGUGGAGCGCUCCCGGCAAGAAGGUGGAAAACAUGGCCAAUCCAAAUACCCAAGGGAGAUCGAUCGUUAAGGCUUUACCGGGUACUGAACCUAUUAAAGCUAUAGCCCCUAUGGAAGACAAGAAGGUUCAAUGUUUCAAGUGCAAGGGGUAUGGCCAUUAUGCACAUGAGUGCCCAAACCAACGGGUAAUGGUUAUCGGGCAAGAUGGUAGCGUGUAUAGUGAGGAAGAUGAAGAAGAUGGGGAGGGUGUGGAUGAAGAUACACCCUUAAGGGCUAUGGUUGUACUCCGAAUGCUCAAUGUACAACCUAACCUUGAGGAGCAUAAGGAGCAAAGGUGCAACAUCUUUCAUAUGAAGUGUAAGGUGAAGUCCAAGACGUGCUUGGUCAUCAUAGAUGGGGGGAGUUGUACAAAUGUGGUGUGUGACCGGUUGGUGGCCAAGUUGGGAUUGAAGGUACUUAAACACCCAAACCCCUACAAAUUGCAAUGGUUAGGGGAUUCCGGGGAGUUGAAGGUGAAGGCUCAAUGCAAAGUUCCAUUGACGAUUGGGGAAGUUGAGGAAGAAAUCCUAUGUGAUAUCAUUCCUAUGACGGCAUGUCAUGUUUUGCUAGGGAGACCAUGGGAGUUUGAUAGAAGGGAAUUUGAAGAUGUAUUCCCGGAGGAACUUCCGAGUGAACUCCCUCCCAUGAGGGGGAUCGAGCAUCAAAUUGACUUUUUGCCGGGAUCAUCACUCCCAAACCGGGCCGCAUACAAGGCGAACCCCAAGGAGACACAAGAGCUACAAAGGCAAGUCGAGGAACUUCUUGCCAAAGGUCUAAUUCGUGAAUCUCUAUCUCCUUGUGCCGUACCCGUCAUUCUUGUACCUAAGAAGGACGGAAGUUGGAGGAUGUUUGUGUUUCUUGGUUUUGUUGUGGGAAAGGAAGGAGUGCGGGUAGAUGAGGAAAAGGUGAAAGCCAUUAGGGAAUGGCCAACACCUAGGAAUGUGAGUGAGGUUAGGUCUUUUCAUGGCCUUGCUAGCUUCUAUAGGAGGUUUGUUAGGGAUUUUUCCACAAAAGCUUCACCCUUGAACUACCUUGUCAAAAAAAAUGUUGAGUUUAAGUGGGGGGAGGAGCAAGAGAGAGCGUUUAGUACUUUGAAAAAUGACCUCACGCAUGCUCCCUUACUAACACUCCCUAAUUUUGAUAAAACUUUUGAACUUGAGUGUGAUGCAAGUGGUGUGGGGAUCGGGGGAGUUCUCAUGCAAGAGGGUAAGCCCAUAGCUUACUUCUCGGAAAAACUAAAUCAAGCCCAAUUGAACUACCCCACAUACGACAAGGAGUUGUAUGCUAUAGUCCGUUGCCUUGAGAAUUGGCAACACUACUUGAUGCACAAGGAGUUUGUGAUACACACGGAUCAUGAGUCUAUUAAGUUCUUAGGAGGGCAACAUAAACUUGAUAAAAGACAUGCUAAAUGGAGUGUUUUCCUAGAGACUUUUCCCUAUGUCAUUAGGUACAAGAAGGGAAAGGACAAUGUGGUUGCCGAUGCUCUUUCUAGGAAACCUUUUGAGACCUUGCAUGAUGGCACUUUACUUGUGAAGAAUAGGUUGUGCAUACCUUCAUGCUCUUUGAGAAAUUUGUUGAUUAAGGAGGCUCACCUAGGGGGCCUAAUGGGUCAUUUUGGGUUGCUUAAAACUUUUGACAUACUAAGUGAGCAUUUCUUUUGGCCUUGCAUGAAGAAGCAUGUUGAAAAGUUUUGUAGUAGUUGCUUAGAGUGUAGGCAAGCCAAGUCUAAAUCUAACAAUUAUGGUCUUUACACCCCUUUGCCUACUCCUACACAUCCUUGGGUAGACUUGUCCAUGGACUUUGUUCUAGGUCUCCCAAUGUCUCAUCGGAAAAAUGAUAGCAUCUUUGUGGUGGUGGAUAGGUUUUCCAAAAUGGCUCACUUCAUUCCAUGUCGGAAGACAAGUGAUGCCAAAUUCGUUGCUAGUUUAUUUUUCAAGGAGGUUGUAAGAAUCCAUGGGGUCCCGAGAACUAUUGUAAGUGAUAGAGACGUCAAAUUUUUGAGUUUCUUUUUUAAAACACUUUGGGGUAGGAUGGGCACCAAACUCCUUUUCUCUACCACCGCACAUCCCCAAACGGAUGGUCAAACGGAAGUUGUAAACCGCUCAUUGGGAACUCUUCUCCGUGCCUUGGUUUUUGAAAAUAAAACUUCUUGGGAAGAAUGUUUGCCUAUAGCCGAAUUUGCUUAUAAUAGGACCAUACAUUCCACCACCCAACAAUCCCCUUUUGAGGUUGUCUAUGGUUUCAAUCCACUCACCCCAUUGGACUUGUCCACGGCCGAUUUGCCUUUGUCUUAUAUGGUUGAUGUAGAUUGGGUGUGGGUACACUUUCGGAAAAUAUGUUUUCCCGACAAAGCAAGAUCCAAGCUUGCCCCGCGAGGGGAUGGCCCAUUUAUGGUCCUAGAGCGUGUGAACGACAAUGCCUACAUCAUUGAUCUUCCCGGGGACGACCCAGAUUUGAGGACAAAUCCUUCUCAAGAGGGAGAG